GUAAUUAAACGAUUAAGCUUAAAAUUACUAACCAAAAAUAGACUCUGAAAUUUUGAAAUAGUAUUGUAUUAACAAUGGAAUAUUAAUAUAUAGAAUGUGGCAUACUUUAAGAGGACAACUCAUAAACAAGAAUAGAAAAAUGUUUUCCUAGCUUUCUUUUUUUAUUUUCUUUUGACAUGGAAGAAAAGUUUGUUUUCCGAUAACAACCAGCACAAAGAGAUUUUCACACACCUCUUUAAUAUAUAAAUACGACAAAGAAGCCUUCUCCCUGUUCGUGUCAAAAAAAUCAACACCUCCAAAAUAAAAAAGAGUGCAAAACAAAAAUUAUACAUGGAAUCUUUACCGGAGAACAACGUCCGGCAACCGCUGCUGGAAAAUCCGGCGAAGAAAGAAGCGGAAGGAGAAGAGAGAUUGUGCAUAGACGAGAUGCUACAGAGAUACUGCGGCGAGUUUGGCCGUUGGCAAAUGAAGCACUUCGUGCUGACGUGUCUUGCCUGGGCACUAGAGGCGUUCCACACGAUGGUGAUGAUAUUCGCCGAUCAGGAACCCGGUUGGAGGUGCGUCGGGUCGGAUUGUCGGGUCGGGUCUUCGUACUGCGAUAUGGAUCCGGGUUCUUGGGAAUGGACUGAGGGUAAAGGGAGCUCCACUGUGGCAGAGUGGGGAUUGAUUUGCGGCGACAAGUACAAGGUCGGUCUUGUUCAAGCCCUCUUCUUCGCCGGAUGCAUGAUCGGUGCAGGAGUAUUCGGACAUCUCUCGGACUCGAAGCUAGGAAGAAAAGGCUCACUAACAGUCGUCUGCAUCAUCAAUGCAAUCUUUGGGAUCGCGACAGCUUUCUCCCCAAACUACUGGACCUACGUCGUUCUCCGGUUCUUGACCGGUUUCAGCACCGGUGGUGUCGGUCUAACCGCGUUUGUCCUAGCCACUGAACCGGUUGGACCGAGCAAACGCGGUGUAGCCGGAAUGUCAACUUUCUACUUCUUCUCUACCGGCAUUGCGCUACUAUCCGGCAUUGCGUACGUUUUCAGGUCGUGGAGAGAGCUUUUCAUAGUAUCUUCCUUACCGUCUCUCUUGUUCCUACUCAUCGUUAUCCCGUUUAUCUCCGAGUCCCCGAGAUGGUACCUCGUGAGAGGCAAAGUAGACGAGGCCAUGGAGCUGAUGCAUACGAUCGCUAAAACGAACGGGCGUCACAUUCCCGCAGGAGUCACUCUUGCUCUAGACGACGAGGAGGACGAAGCGGUGGAGAAAAACAACGGCCAGAGGAAUACUGCGGCUGAGGGAUCGCUUAAAGACGUUUUACAGUCGCCUCUCACGCGGAUCCGUCUUCUCUUAGCGGUGGCCAUAAGUUUCACGGUCUCGAUUGUAUACUACGGGCUGAGCCUCAACGUGGUAAACCUCAAGACCAAUCUCUACCUCAACGUCUUCCUCAACGCCGUGACGGAGAUGCCAGCUUUCGCCAUAACAGCAGUUUUGUUAGACCGGUACGGGAGGAAACCGUUGACGAUAGGGACACAGUGGUUCAGCUGCGCUUUCUGCCUAACCGGUUUCGUCGUGGGAGGCGUCGGUCCGUGGAAAGUGGUUAGGAUGGUUUCAGGGGUUUUAGGGAUAUUCGGUAUGGCGGGAACGUACAAUCUUCUGUUCAUAUAUAUAGCGGAGCUGUUUCCUACGGUGGUGAGGAACGCUGCGUUGGGAUGCGCGACUCAAGCGGCUCAAAUGGGAGCGAUUCUUGCGCCGUUUGUGGUGGUUUUAGGGGAUGGUUUGCCGUUUGGUGUGUUUGCGGUUUGCGGUUUAGUUGGAGGCGGGCUUGCGUUUUACUUGCCGGAGACGUUGAACAAGCCGUUGUAUGAUACAAUGUUUGGGAUGCACGAAGCUGAGAGCAACAGAGGAAGAAUAGUGUGUUAAAGAACAAAGAUUUCAGAAUGUACACAGAGACGCGGAGGCAGAGAGAUAUUAGAGACUAAAGGAAAGAAUGUGGAAUUGUUUUGUAGUCUUAACUUGUUUUGCUAUCUUGGUCUCUUGUAUUGUGAUUUUUGGAUCCAAGUCUUCUGGUUUUGAUAGUGAACGCUUUUAACAGAAUUAACGCCGAUUUUGUAACAAAAUAGAUUUUAAUGCAUGUUCAAAGUUUUGGAAAACAAA